CUCCAUCAACAUUCUCAUCAAAACUGUCACAAACGAGGUGUGGGCCGUCACAUGGCCCUGCCUGAGGAACCGCAUUCUCGCUUCCUUCUUUCACAGACGUUGGGGGUUGGCCGGGGCUGACGCCACAGCAGGGCUACCAGAGCAGUGCACUGUGGCAUGGGCUAGGUCUUUGUCACUAAAGCAGAGAAACUACCUCUCCUGGGCCCACGAGGCAGCCCUUCCAUGCUCUGCUGAGUACGCUCCACAAGAUAGGAGGUGGUGGUAGCAUUAGUUGCCUUCGAGUCAACUCCAGCUCAUGGUGACCUUAUGUGUAAGGGAACGAAACGCUGCCCGGUCCUACGCCAUCUUCAUGAUCGUUGGUGCCAUGCCUCUGCAACUCCUCCUGUUGCUGACCCUCCUGGGCUCUGGAAGCAACCUCCAGCUGCCAGUGACCCAGAAGGACGGAACCAGGGAAGCCCCAGGCCAGCUGCUUGCCCAGGGCCAGAGACAGGUGAACACGAGCGGGUACCCAGACUUCUUUGGGGAAUAUGACUACGAGUACAUAGGCACGGACUCUCCAGAAAAGCCUGAACAUAGUCUCAGAGCUGUGACUGUGAGCACCGAGCCUCCGUUUUUGAUGGAGACAUUGGGGCAGAGAGGCCCCGUGGGGCCUGGAACCCCUGAGCCAGCCACUGUGGAACCUGUCACGGUGCAGCCUGCCACAAGAGACUCUGCUGGCCUAGGUUCAAGAGAGGCAGCAGCGGGAGAUCUGAGCACAGAGCUGGCCACGCAGGGGAGUCCCAAAGCACAGGACCCUCUGAGCACAGGACUGGCCACUGCAAUCCCUUCCAUCCCAAAAACUACAUCCAUGGAGCUGACCACCAUGGAAGCCCUGUCCAUGGGGCCCACAGCCAGGGAAGCACUAACCACAGAGCCGGCUACCACAGGCGCCCUCUCCAAGGAACCCACUGCCACAGUAGCUCUGUCCAUGGAGCCAGCCACCGCAGAGGCCCUGUCCACGGGGCCCACAGCCAGGGAAGCACUAACCACAGAGCCGGCUACCACAGGAGCCCUCUCCAAGGAACCCACUGCCACAGUAGCUCUGUCCAUGGAGCCAGCCACCACAGAAGCCCUGUCCAUGGGGACCACAGCCACAGAGGCACUGUCCAUACUGUUCAUAGGGCCUGCAGCCACGGAAGCCCUGACCACAGAGCCGGCUGCCACGGGAGCCCUCUCCAAGGAACCCACUGCCACAGUAGCUCUGUCCAUGGAGCCAGCCACCACAGAAGCCCUGUCCAUGGGGACCACAGCCACAGAGGCACUGUCCAUACUGUUCAUAGGGCCUGCAGCCACGGAAGCCCUGACCACAGAGCCGGCUGCCACGGGAGCCCUCUCCAAGGAACCCACUGCCACAGUAGCUCUGUCCAUGGAGCCUGCAGCCACAGAAGCCCUGUCCAUGGGGACCACAGCCACAGAGGCACUGUCCAUACUGUUCAUAAGGCCUGCAGCCACGGAAGCCCUGUCCACGGAGCCUGCAGCCACAGAAGCCCCGACCACAGAAUCUGCUACCACAAGGGGUCCAACAAUGUCCUUUCUUUUGUCCUCUGAUCCUCAAAGCAACAUCACUGUGGCAGUCAACAAGCCGUUUGAUGUCAGCACCAAGCAAUGGAAGAACGUGCAGGAACUGUCCCCCAGUAGCUCCGUGACCCACAGCCCCACAAGAGGCCAAGACUACAACCACGUGAAGCAGUGCCUGCUGGCGAUCCUCAUCCUGGCCCUGGUGGCCACCAUCUUCCUCGUGUGCACCGUGGUGCUGGCCAUCCGCCUCUCGCGCAAAAACCACACGUACCCUGUGCGCAGCUACUCCCCCUCUGAGAUGGUCUGCAUCUCGUCCCUGCUGCCUGACGGGGGCGAGGGGCCCAACCCUGCUGCAGCCAACGGGGGUCUACCCAACGCCAAGACCCAAGAUCCAAAGCCAGAGCCCGGGGAGUCUCGUGACGCGGACGACCACACCUUGCACAGCUUCCUCCCGUAGCCCUGAGCGUCCAGUAGCAGGACCUGGCCUGCCACAUCCCUCUGCCGCCCACUGGGCGCCACCCAGACCCCAGACUUCUCUUCUACUGGUCUGGCCUUCUUGGAGCCACCUGGGGCUGGGGGCCUUCUGAGAAGCUGCACUGGCAGUCCCAUGCGGGGACUAUGAGCAGCCAGGCCCCUGCGGCCAAGCAAGACCUGGAAGCAAACCUCCUCCUCUAGCUCGGCUGCCUCUGCACAGAGAGAGCCUCUCCACCUCCCUACCUGCAUUGUCUGGCCCCUCUAACACCUCCUACCAGCUGCUCUCUUUCCUCCUCCUCACGCACCCAGAAGACUCAGAAAUCCCCCCAACCCCACCACCAUUUUGCUUUUGGUUACCAUGGUCACCAAACAGGAAAGGCGCAUUUGGGGGGGUGGGUACUAAGGAGUGACGGCUUCCUGAGCCCAUGUCCUGUUGCUUCCCCAAUUUGGGGCAGUUUUGUUUUCUUGGGCACUUUUCCAGGGAAUCCAGGGCGAGUUCUUGGCCUCUGAGGGCCAGGGUGGGCUAGAACUUUCUUUGGGAUUGUAUGGACCAAUGAGUAACACCUGGUGACAGAAUAAUCCCCAUCCUGCCCUCUCUAGCCUUCCCUGUGGCCACGUUUCAGGAUGAGGUCUGACUUACUGAGGUAUCCCACCACCCAGCCCAGGGCCUGGUAUAGCGCAGGCACUCAAUAAAUAUCUGAUGAACACUGAUGGCUGAAUCCUUCAAGGUAGGAAGGCUGCCUCCUUUAGGCAGCCUUCCCCGAAUUCUCCAUUCCUCAGGGAGGAGUUGAUCCUGAGCUGUUUGCCUCAGCCUUCACCCCCUCAGGAAGCCCCCAGACCUUUAGGCUGACUUUAGUCUUGCCUUGUCCAUGAUGAGGGCAUCUUGGGGGCUGGGGUUGAUCUCAGGCUGGGGGUAGUGGGGAGGAAGGGCUGGCCCCUAGACCUUGUAUUCAACUUCUCCCAUGACCCAGUCCUGGUCUACAGAGUUUGGUUCCUCUCAAAUUUCAGUGAACAACCCUUUUAAACAUCAGUACUCUCCUCCCUAGAAGCCCACCCUAACCUCUCUAAUUCAUACCCCCCAACACCCAACAGCAACUCCUCACCCUAGCAAGGGCCAAAGCUUUUGCGCAACUUACAGGAGUAAUGAACCAAUAACCAGUUGCCAUCUAGUCGACUCCGACUCACAGUGACCCCAUGUGUGUCAGAGUAGAACUGUGCUCCAUAGGAUUUUCGGUGGCUGAUUUUUUGGAAGAUUGCUAGGCCUUUCUUUUGAGGUGCUUCUGGGUGGACUCGAACCACCCUUUCCUUUAGCAGCCGAGUGCAUUAAAUGCCUGUCAUUUAAAGUUUGGGGUUAGCAACCUUUUUUCUUAAAGGGCUAGAUAGUCAAAGGUUUAAACAGUUUUCACUCAACUAUUAACCUAAAGGUUGGCGAUUUCAACCCACCCAGCAGCACUGCAGAAGAAAGCCUUGGUGAACUGCUUCUGUAAAGGCUACAGCCAAGAAAACCCUAUGGAGCCAUUCUAUCCUGUAAGGGGUUUGGUUUUUCGGUGUUAUGGGCCACAUGGUGUCUGUUGCAACCACUCAGCUCUGCCACUGUAGUGCAAGAGCAACCAUAGACAGUACCUAAAUGAAUGGGUGUGGCUGUGUUCCAAUAAAACUUUAUUGACAAGGAGACAGUGGGUCAAAUUAGUUCUAAUUUUGCAGAUUCCUGAUUUGAGUAUAGGGUGACCAGCUGUCCGGUUUGGUUAGGAUUUUCCUGGGUUUAACACUGUCCCUUAUCCCAGCUAACUCCUCACUGUAGGGCAAACCAGGAAGGCUGGCCACCUGAUUUAAGUGACACUGACCCGAGAGUGCAUAUAUUACCUCACUCACAACACACAUCGACCCUAUGAGGUAGGUGCUGCCAUUACUCCCAUUUGGCAGUUCAGAAAAUCGAGACUGAGAGAGGCAAAGCAACCAGCCCAUGGUAAGUGGCAGAGCCGGGAUUCAAACUCUUGAUCUUUUGUCUCCAAAUACCUUCUAGUCAUUUUCAUACAGGAAGAAGGAGAAGAGCCAAACCUGUUGCCGUCGAGCCAAUUCCGACUCAUAGCGACCCUAUAGCACAGAGUAGAACUGCUCCAUAGGAUUUCCAAGGCUGUAAUCUUUACAGAA